GCUGCUCGGUGAGUCGUUUACCAGAAACCACUCAGUGGAUUUACUAGGAAGCUAAGCUGUGUGCUAACAUGGGGUUUACAGACAGACAAACGACAACGAAGAACACAAAUAUUCGCCAUUAAACGGUGUCGUUUCUAUGUCUAUUUGAAGUCAGCGGUGUUUUUAAAGCUCUGCUGACGUAAACAAAGCGUCACUGGGUUGCCAGAUUGAAACGAAGUAAAUAAUCCAGACUGCGGCGUGAACGUUGUGGAAAUGGACGUAGGCUGUCAGAUCCUGGGGAAGCUGCAGAGGAGGAAGAAAUCACAGCUGAUGUCCUCUGUGAUCCUGCCUGGACUGGAGGUGCACUUUUACCUGGCAGAUACGCAGCAGAUCAUCUACCUGAAAGGACGUCACUCGGCUGAGCAGCUGUGCACCGAAGCCGCCAAGAAGCUGGGUCUGUCUCCGUUAUGCAGCAGUCUGUUUUCUCUGUACGAUGAAAAGAGCAGGAUUUGGUUUCCUCCGAAUCAUGUGUUCCAUGUAGACGAGACGACCAGGCUCAGGCUGCACUAUCGCAUGAGGUUUUAUUUCACUAACUGGCAUGGGACGAAUAAAGACACUCCAGCUGUGGCGCGUCACAGCCUCAAACACGCAGGAAACCAAGGGACGGCGCUCCUGGACUCGCCCUCACUUACCUACCUGUAUGCACAGAGUCAGUGUGAUUUCCAGAGCAGCUCGCUCACACUCCGCAGCUGUCAGAACGAGGAAGAAGUUCAGCACAUCGAGAACGAGUGUUUGGGAAUGGCCGUGAUGGCGAUUACCCACGAUGCCAUGGGCAGAAACCUGCCUGCGCGGGAAUUGUCUAAGAAAUUCAAGUAUAAGAACUAUAUCCCGGUGAGUCUGAAGCAAUCGAUCUCUCAGAGGAACCUGCUGACACGCCUGCGCAUCUCCAACGUCUUUAAGUCGUUCCUGGAAUCGUUCAACGACAACAUGGUGCUGAACAACAGCAUCAACAUACAGGACUUGAAGGUCAAGUACAUUUCCACGCUGGAGACUCUGACCAGCCACUUUGGCUGCGAGGUGUACGAGCCCUUAUCCUUCAGCAUCUACGAGAACGACCAGGUUCUGUCGGGACAAGUGGGCGGGGACGGCGCUCAGCGCCGAAUUCUCGUCUCCGGAACCGGAGGCAUUAAGUGGCAGAUCGUGUCUCCUGAGACCUGCCUGAACCUUAAGAGGACGAAGUCGAAGAAGAACAAAAAACAUCAGGAUCAGCAGAGCACCAUCAGGAAAGAUGAUCACUGGACCACGUUCUCCGAUUUCCACGAGAUCACACACAUAGUCACCAAGGAGGCGGCGGUUACAGUUUACCAACAAGACAAUAGGAGGAUGGAAGUGCACUUCAAAGGUCGUGCCAAGGCCCUGGCCUUCGCCAGCCUGAUAGACGGUUACUUCAGGCUGGCUGUAGACGCACAUCACUACCUGUGCACUGAGGUCGCUCCAGACUACGUAGAAACCAACCUACGUGAGGGAUGUCACGGUCCUAUCAGCACAGAGUACGCUGUUCAUAAGCUGAAACAGGAAGGCUAUGAGGAGGGCAUGUACAUCCUGCGCUGGAGCUGCGCACAUUACGACCACAUCCUGCUCACUGUCAUCUGCAACGAGAGAGAUGUCUCCGGUGAGAUCAUCAAGACCUUCAAGAACUUUCAGAUCGAGAGGACGGAUGGAGGAUUUCGUCUGUGUGGGACGGACGUGGAGAAGCCGACCCUGAGGGAGCUGACUGACCGUCUGUGUGGUCACUGUCUAAGUACGGACAACAUCACCCUGAAACUGGGACGAGGUUGUCCUCCUCAGCCUCGAGAGCUGUCUAAUCUCCUGGUGUUGACAAGACCAGACUCCACAACUCCACCCUCCCUGAGCAGCCAGCUGGUCUUCCAACGAAUUAACAAAGAGGACAUCAUACAGGACAAGCAUCUGGGGAAAGGAACUCAUACGAACAUUUAUUCAGGCACGCUGACUCUAAAGGGCGAUGAGGACAAUCUGAUCAGCUUCAGCACUGAGGACAUUCCUGUGGUCCUGAAGGUGAUCGGAGCAGGACAUAAGGACGUAUCAGUCUUUUUGGAAACCGUAAGUCAGAUGCGUCACAUCUCGCACAAAAACAUGACACGUCUGUACGGCAUCUGUAUGCACAGCAUGGACAUCAUCAUGGUGGAGGAGUUUGUGCAGCACGGGCCUCUGGAUCUGUUCAUGCGUGCUCAUCACGCCAAACUCACGCCGUCCUGGAAGUUUCAGGUCGCCGAGCAGCUCGCUAGCAUCCUCAGCUAUCUGGAGGACAAGAAGCUCGUCCAUGGCUAUGUGUGCACAAAGAACAUCCUGCUAGCAAAAGACGGUCUGAAUGGACAACAAGCUCCGUUCAUAAAGCUCAGCAACCCAGGAGUCUCUAUCACUACGCUCAACCGAGAAGAGUGUAUCGAUAGGAUCCCGUGGAUCGCCCCAGAGUGUGUGAAGAACCUUAAAGCGCAGAACGUGGCUGCAGAUAAGUGGGGCUUUGGGACGACGCUGUGGGAGAUCUGCUACAACGGAGAAGUGCCGCUCAGGGACAAGAAACGUGCUGAGAAGGAAUGGUUCUACGAAGCCAAGGGCACGCUGGUGAUUCCUGACUGCAGCGAACUGGCCGAGCUCAUCACCCAGUGCAUGAACUACGACCCCAGAAAGCGACCGUUCUUCAGAGCCAUAGUGCGAGAACUGGACCACAUCAAGGAGCAAAACCCAGCGAUGGUCCCAGGCAGUGCUCCUGUGCAGGAGAUCGACCCCACGCUGUUCGAGAGCAGGUUCCUCAGGACCAUCCGGGACCUGGGAGAGGGUCACUUCGGGAAGGUGGAGCUGUGUCUGUACGACCCACACGGAGACCACAGCGGGCAGAUGGUCGCUGUCAAGUCACUGAAGUCAGAGAGCGAAGGACCUGAGACCAGCAACCUGAGGAGAGAAAUCAACACCAUGAGAGAGCUUUACCACAACAACAUCGUCAAGUACAAAGGCAUCUGUACUGAAGAGGGUGGGAGAACCAUUAAGCUGAUCAUGGAGUAUCUCCCUGCUGGGAGUCUGAAGGACUAUUUGCCCCGACACAAAGCUCAGACAAGUCAACAACGCCUGCUGCUCUACGCCAUCCAGAUCUGUCAGGGAAUGGAGUACCUGGGCUCUCAGAACUACAUCCACAGAGACCUGGCGGCUCGUAACGUGCUGGUGGAGAGCGAGACGCUGGUGAAGAUCGGAGACUUCGGCCUGACCAAGAGCAUCAAAGACAACGAGGAGUACUACACAGUCAGGGAGGAGCAGGACAGCCCGGUGUACUGGUACGCUCCUGAGUGUCUGAUACACAGGAAGUUCUACAAAGCCUCAGAUGUCUGGUCUUUCGGAGUCACGCUGUACGAGCUCAUGACCUACUGCGACCGCAAGCUGAGUCCUCCUGAGAUGUUCUUGAACACGAUUGGCCGAUCUCACGGUCAGAUGACGAUGGCGCGACUGGUGAAGUCUCUGGAAAACGGGUGGAGGCUUUCCUGUCCUCCACAGUGCCCAGAUAUGGUGUACACACAGAUGCGGAGGUGCUGGGCUCACGCUCCGGAGGACCGAGUGGACUUCAAAGGCCUGGUGGAGGUGUUCGAGCGUCUCUUGUCCAGCGAAGAGCUCGGUUUAUUGCACAGCGGCUAAAGCGCUAACUAUCUUCUUAUACGUCGCCGCCACUGUUUUUUUUUGUUCCCUUCACUCAAUUUAAUAGAUCUUCAGACUUCUGAGCACUUACAGAGUCAGAAUCAUGGACGGUUAGAAGAUUAAUUCUCCCUGAUGAACUUUCACACUAGAUGUUUAAUUUGUUCAGAUCUCUCUAUACAAUUCUACAUGAAUUAACACGUGGCUUCUCAGAGGACACCGAAAUGGUUUUAAUUUAUUAAACAGCAUCCGUCGUACCUUUUAAGGCAGUUUAUCUACAGCACGUCAGGACAGAAUGAGACCCGGUCGGUGUGUAAGUCAUAACUGUGUACAAAGACAAGUUCCUGAACACGGUCCGGUUUAUCGGUUCCGGUUCCUGUGUGUGUUCUGUAGGAACAGAUAGCUAGAUACGUAUUAAUGACGCUGUCAGACACGUCGAGGAAGAAAGUGCUGAUGUUUCUCUGUAGCCACACCGCAAUAAUAUGACAUACAUGAGUGCUGACGUUAAAUGUAUUAUAUUUGUGAACAUUUGUGACGUUAUAUACAGUAUAGGGUUGCAAAAUUCUGGGAAUUUUCAAGGCUGGAAACUUUCCAUGGGAAUUAAUGGGAAUAUAUGGGAAUAAACUGGGAAUUAAAAAAAAAAAUGCAGAGUUGUCUAUAACAAGGAACUUAAAUGUGGUUAAAAAAAAAUCUUGCAGCACACUGCUUACUGGAGGGCCAUUGAGGGUCGUUUAACUAGUUGCUUAUUAGCAUGAAUAUGAAUUAUAUGAAUUUCCCUAUAUUCCCAUAAAUUCCAGUAAAGUUUCCAAAUUGGAAUGUUUCCAAAAUUCCCCAGAUUAAGUUCCCGUGGAAAUUUACCCUAAACUUUCUGCCCCUUUGCGACCCUAGUCCUAUGUCACACCAUAUAGCUGUAGUUCACUUCACCUACAAGGCUGCAAGCUUCAUUGCCUCGGUUUCCAUUUUGCCUUUAAAUCUAUUUUUAUGUUAAAUCUCUAUCAUUGUUAUCCUCUGCACAGAAUCGACACAGCAGGUAAAAAGUGAGCGAUCUGGACAUAAUAAUAAUAAUAAUAAUAAUAAUAAUAAUAAUAGUCAAACAUGUGCUUUCAGUUUGGUGCUUGUUUUUGACGUCUUUGUCAAAUUCAUUCCAACAUUAUUAAAAUUCUCUUUAUUUCA